AAGAUGUUCAAAUGUUUGCAUGCAUUUAUGCAUCAAUGUUACUUUAACAGCAAAUAUCAUCGAUAACACUUUAUCGAUACAUCGCUAUGUUAAGACGGUCAACAUGCAAAAGUUGCAGCUAUCAAAACAAAACGAAAAACACGCGCUUUUACUUGAUCAUAGGCAACUUAUAAAUAAAGCCUACGGCUCUGCAGUGCCUAACAGUGAGACAUAUGAACUAAAGUCGCAGCUGUUUCAAUUUCAACCAAAAACAAGUCAACAGCCACCACAAAACCAACGAAAACGCAAACGCAAAUGCAAAUUAAGCGAAACAGCGAAGAAUGCAGCAGUGGACAACAUUAAUGAGUACCUUGAGCUGUUGCCAGAAGCAAAAGUGGAUGCAGUCAGAACUCUGCCGCGCUACUGGGAAGAUGAGUACGGACUUCCCCAGCUGCAUGGAAGCAAUACGACUGCCUGCUUUUACAACCACAAUGUGGAUCAGCUAAGAGCGUUGUUGCCGCAGCUUCGGCCAAGCUAUGAUUUAAUCGUGAUUGACCCACCUUGGCGUAACAAAUAUAUACGCCGCCUGAAGCGCGUCAAGCAGGAGUUGGGCUAUACCAUGAUGGAUAACGACCAGCUAGCAAUGCUGCCGCUUGGACAACUCACGCAUGAACGCACCUUAGUUGCCAUUUGGUGCACGAACUCAAACCUGCAUCAACAGGCGCUGGAAACACAGCUUCUGCCACGUUGGCAACUACGUUUGCUACAUAAACUGCGCUGGUACAAGCUAAAUACGGCGCAUCAACUCAUCAGCGACUUGAACGAAGAGGAUGCCUCACAAAAGCAGCCCUAUGAGGUACUCUAUUUGGCAUGCCAUGUCCAGAGCAAUGGGGCAUAUGCCACAGACCUGACGCAAACGGAACUGCUGCUUAGCGUGCCCAGCAUUGUGCACUCCCACAAACCGCCACUACUGGACUGGAUGCGUCAAUAUUUACAGCUGGAAAGAGAUCAAGUGGAGCCGAACUGCUUAGAACUGUUUGCACGUUACUUACAACCACAAUUCACAUCCAUUGGCUUGGAGGUAUUGAAGCUAAUGGAUGACCGCUUAUACGAUAAAAAAUAAAGAGAAACUACAAAUAAUUUUUAUAAGGACUCUGAAUUUUUGAUUGUGGAAUGGCCCCAUAUACUACAAACUACACUCCACUAUAUAUAUAUACAAAUAAUGUUUUUGCAGCGAGUUUUACUUUAAACUUUCCAUUUUAUCCAGCUUUGCUGUACAUAUGCUGGGUUCGACCGGUCAUGACCAUUUUACCGUAUAUGGAACAUGCAUAGCAACGUCAGUUAAAGUUCUAAUACCCUGAACCCAUUGAAAAAAGGGUAUAUGUUUUCUAUAAACCUUUUAUGUUUUUCAAGACAUACUAAACAAGCAAUAACCAGCUCGACUAGCUUCUUUAAUUAUAGUUCCCGCGAAAUUGUUGGGUAAGCUUAGAGAAUCAAGGUAUUACAUGAAUAAAUCGUGUUUUAUUUUCGUUUA